GAGGGCGGUGCUUUUGAUGAAUUUCGAUAAAAUAUAUCUGGGGUACGGCGAUCGAAGUUAUGACUUAGCGCGAGGAAGAUUAAAAAAUGUAAAUAGCCAACUCGCUAAAAAGAUAUGUUAUUAAUUUAGCGAAUAUAUGCUGUUUUAGGCAAAUUUAAUUCGUCUGAGAUAUUUAUUCUUGGUGAUACUAGAAACAGCAACCGAUAAUGACGUACGGCGGGGAUUAGCGCUGGGCAGUGCGCAUGGUUAACAUGGGAUUGCAGACCGUUAUAAUCUGGUGUUCUGUAUGAAAACUGCGUUUUGUGCUUGUCAUUUGAAUGAAAACACUGUAAACUGCAAACUGUUUGUGGAUAUAUUAAAUCGACUGGAUGAUAACAUUUGGGAGACUGGUCAAUGUGCAGUUUCGCACUAAAACCGGCAUAAGCAAACAUUACUGUUGAAGUCACCGAGAAUAUAAAGCAGACUAAUAUGAACAUAAUGAGAAAAACUUGAUACGUAAUGGAUACGUUGUAGGAAUAAACAUUGCUUUUGAAUUGCAAAUUGAUUUCCUUUUGAAAACUCCACAAUGGAUAAAAUUGCCCGUACUGAUUGGAAAAGGCAUUCAGCGCCGUAUGAUUAUACAUUCGAUUUCACAGUUUACAAUACGCCUGUAGAUGCUGUGGUCGACCAGGCUAUGCAAGCUUUUACAGCAGACGCCGGACAACAGAAAACUUCAACCAUUGGUAGAGAACGCAAGAAGAGCACGUGCGUUGUUGAUCCGGAGAAGACGGAAUUAUCUACUGAUCAGUACACCCCCGGUGUUCUUAAAGUUUUCGGGGAAACGAUUUUUCCGGGAGUUCAGUAUAAAAGUGUUCUAGCAUCUUGUCGUUCAACCGCUCAGGAACUCGUCAAAGAAGCGCUUGAACGAUUCGGACUUUCUGCAGAGGACUACGAAAGAUUUGUGUUAUGCGAUGUGGUAGGCAGAUACGAACAUGACGUUUGUGAAUCGCGGGACACAGAGAUUGACGUGCCAAAAUCUGAUAAAUGGGAUAGAGUCUUUACUCGUAUGCUUGCCGAUCGUGAUAAGCCUUUACUAUUGCAGAAGUUUUGGAAGCCUAUUGACGGUUAUAGCAGACGAUACGAACUGCAUGAGCGCGCGCACGUGACCGAUGUAACAGACGACGAUGAUACUUCCGGUCUAAAUCAGAAUGCUCGAAAGAUUUUGAUAUCAAAACUUCGACCCGGUGCUAUUCCGUUAUUCGAUGCUUCCAGUUUAGACCGUGAUUCAGAUGGAUUAAAACUAAAUGUGAAUACAUGUAUUAUCGGAAAACGUAUGGCAAAUUUGGGAAGUCAUGUCACAAAUGGACAUACUCAAACUAAGAAAAUGUGUUCAGCGGAACAGGAUACCGCCAUUCCGUCGAAACAUCCAUUUUUCGUAAACAUUAGAGGAUUUGAUGUUGAAAAGGAUAGAACAAUAUAUGUAAUAAAAUCAAAAAGGUUUACGUUUGGAAAUCCAAACUUACGGAACCAACAUGCUGCAGACGACACCCCAAAGUUUUCACUUUUCGCGCCUGAUAUAGAACCCAUCCAUUGCAAUGUCAAGGUCUAUAAGUUUAAGAAAAGUAAUGGCGUCAGUGAUUCGGUAAAUGACCGAAAUAAUUAUUUUCUUGAACUUGAGCCUUUGGUAGAAAAUGUGUGUGUUAACGGGCAUAGAAUCCAUGGUAAAAUACUAGUGAAAAGUGGAGAUAUUAUAAAUAUAGGAAUUUACUAUGUGUUGUUGUUCAAGGAUUGUAGCAAGGGUAAUGAUAUCCCUUUAUCGUUACCAUGGUUACCUGUACCAGAUAUGUCAGACGACAAUGAGGUUGAUAACUCAGACCUUAAACUAAACCUUGCUAAUGGCGAAGACGAAUCAAACUCAAACACUGACGAAUCUGUUGACGCUUCCAUAGCAGAGAGAAUGUCAUUCGCUUACACUAAAGAAAAAGAAGAAGAACUAGUGAAAUAUAUUUGUGCAAUAAUUCAACAACAGAACACAUGUAAGACUUAUUCUCUUACUGUGGCGUUCCUGUUCAGCAUGUGUAUAGAACACGCAAGUCGCAAGUUCGAUCGACGUCAGCUAAAACACCUCUUCUUACGGAUUCUCUUCACGGUCCGUGAAAAUGUGGCUGAAACCGCAAAGUCAUUAUCCGCAUGUAAAUUCUCAUGUACUUUACUAGAUGCAUCUCUGCCGCCGUCAGAUAGAGACCGGAAGCUAGAAAGACUGCUGCUGUGGAUUUCAAACUGUGUUCAACUUCUACUCUUCCUCAAGCAUACUUUCCAGCUUCCAGAACUUCCGCUGUCAGAUCGAGGCUCCGUUAGAGGGCGUGAUGACAAAGCGUCCAGAAAAGAAGAGAACGCUAAACAUGCUCUAGGUCAGCUAGUAACGGGGUUGGAAGAAAUCAUCAUGUUCUGUUUUCAGCAGUGUGUCUAUACAAUCACGAAGGCGUUGCACCCAGUACUACCAGCGCUCCUAGACAGCAACCCAUUCAGUGACGCAAACUCGGAGCAGUGUUCAAUGGAAGAUGUGAUCCGUAUGUUUGAAAGAUUAGCGGAAGUGACGCAUUCUGUGAUGUUGCACGAGGGAAUCACGCGACAACUAUUCACCUACCUGUUUUUCUUCACCAACACGAAUAUAUUUAAUAAACUUAUUGUUGAUGAGUCCGGUGUACGGUAUUACAACUGGCAAUGUGGUGUGAGAGUUCGAGCCAAUCUAAGUCAGCUGGAAGACUGGGCCACUCAGAAUGGUCUCGAGGACGAGUUCAGUCAGAUGUUUGAGCGUCUGCUGGCCAUGUCGGAGCUUCUAGCUACAUCCAAAAAUACUCUAGUCAAGUACCAGUGGCCAAUGAUGAAGACCCACUACCAGCCUUUGAGCCCCGGUCAGCUACACCAUAUACUGUCACACUACCAGAUGAAUGGGAAAGCCACACCUGUUAUCUGGACACCGUCCCAGGAAGAGAUGGAACAGAUCCGUGAAGAAGAUAUUCAGCAACUUCCGUUGUCCAACCAUCCUCCAUUUGCACUACCUGACAACUGUGGAGUGGUUGACCUGAUUCGGUCACCAGAAGACACUUCCUUCUGGAAUCAUCUGCGACGCCUGAAGUCACUCUACGGUGUUACUGAAGACGACAGUGACAGUGGAUUUAGUAUAAGUAACACCCCGCGUGGUUCUUGCAGUGCGACGACAAAAAGUGACUUUGCCGAGCCUUUCUUUGAACAAGAGAAUAAAGAAAUGGCAGACGAAAACGAGACAAGUGAACGCCGGGCAAGUCAUCCGGAAUCUUCUCUGAUGAUGUUAUUACAAAAACAAAAGAGCAGAAUACCUGUCAAAAAGUGUAACACAAAUCCCUGGUCUUUCAAAGUUCCUAAACCAGGCACGGGUGUUUGUAACUGUGCAAAUGUACCAGCAGACGAACUUGCAACAUCCGGUACUUUGGCGUCUGAUCUGAUGAAAGAAGAACAUCGAGAACAGCCGGAAUCAAACGAACAUAGUAAAGAUCCAAGGGAAACGAAUACAGUUCGUGCGAAGUCAUCUGAAAGAAGAGCUCAGAAUAACGCUCAGGUGGCAUGUAAAACGGAACAGAAAGGGAAACAGUUAGUGCAAAGAUACCAAAAAAGUGUACCUUCCGGUAAUGUAGCAGACUGUUCAGCCAGAACUUUACCAAAGUCUCUCCAAAUUAAGGAAAGGAAUAAGCUGAAACAGUUACAAAGCCGAAUAAGUCAAGCUCAUAGUUUUAGUGUUGACGAUUUACCUCUACGUUUGUUGAAACACAGACCAAGUGCUUCGUUUGAAGAAGCCAUAGAACGCGGGUACACUUCUGACACAUAUCACAGCAAAAGUGCAAGUAUAAGCGAGGCAGAAGAAGACACUUUGACAAAAGAAAAGACACAAGAAGUUAAGCCAGAGGUGAAAACUCGAGUACCUCGCAACGGCAUAAGGAGACACAAGUCUCUUGUAACGGAUAGCGUUUCAAGUGACGAAGUUUUCCAUAGUGAAAACAACAUAGACAAUUUAUAUAAGGAUUACCUAAGUGAUAUUAAUGCACAACCAUUGCCCAACAAAAUGUCUUUCAAACCUUUACCUACCUCAGUUAAUCCUCAGCUCAAACUCCGAACUAAUGCACAGAAAAUGACAUCUGUUAGCUUUGAACCCGAAUCUCGCAGGUCUUCUAUUGAACUUACAAGAGACGACCUGUUUAUAAGCAAUGCAAACCAUUUGAAAAGGGCAAAUACAGGAAUUGAUGAUGACGGUGCAGACGACAUAUUUGAACCGGAAACCAGUGAAGCAUUUCCGGGUGAACUUUUCACAGAGGUCAACGAGAGUACAUUGGCUGCGCUGAAGAGACAUGGUAGCUCACUGAAUGUUGCUCCUUCGUCAGAAAAUAGUCCGAGAACUGUAUCUUAUGAACAAGUUUCAGAGGUACUUGGAUCUGACGAGAAGAAGAGAAUGUCUCCUUGUCCACUUUUUACAGUGUACUUAAAAAGAGGCGACACUGGACUUGGCCUAGGACUUAUCGAUGGCUUGCACACGCCGCUCCGUCUUGCCGGAAUCUACAUACGUAAAAUUCUACCAAAUAGUCCAGCCGCCCUGAACGGAUGUUUACAAAUUGGGGACCGGGUCCUGGCAGUGGACGGUAAAAGCGUUAUAGGUGCUAGUUACCAAAGCACGAUGAACGCUAUCAAAGAUGCAGGGGAUACAUUGACAUUACUGGUUGCUAGGGGCAACGAAUCAAUGGCGAGAAAAGUUAGCGUUUCUCAAGUUUAGGCGUAUUUAUUUACAGCUAUAGAUACCAUUUUAGUGGUGUAGAGUUAUUAUAAAAAAAAUCAAUUCCAGAAAAGACACAUAUUCUAUAGAGAAUUCAAAAUAUAUUAAUUA